AUCGUUGUUUUAAUGGUUGUGGCCGCAGUAGCCUUCGCUGAGCCGCCGCCUUCGAAGAGCUACCUCCCGCCUUCUCCGUUAACCAGAAACGCUGGGUAUCCCCAAGGCCCUCAUGGUUUCGGAGGUGCUCCUCAAGUGGUAGCGGCCAGGACUCUGGAAGGUCAAGGAAUCCAUGGUGCUUUCGGCCACGGGCAAGCAGGACAUGACGAUCACGAAGACGACAGCCUCCACGGAAAUGGGUUCGCAAGGGGUUCUCAUCACGGCCAUGGCUUUGGUGCUCAAGGGAGGCACGCCGACCAACAAGGAUACGACCACAACGCUGCAGCCUUCGGCAGGAACGCCGUGGAAGUCGAUGCUAACGAACCGGCCAACUACAACUUCGGUUAUAUGGUCAAUGACCAUUUCGAGGGCACGGAAUUCGGGCAUCAAGAGGAGAGACACGAGGAACACGCCCAAGGGGAGUAUCACGUUGUCCUGCCCGAUGGUCGUAAGCAGACCGUGAGCUACCAGGCCGACGAGCGCGGUUUUAAGCCGCACAUUUCUUACGAAGAAUCCGAGGACGCGCGCUCCGGUUACGACGCGAACGCUAACAAUCACGCUGGCUACGACGGUAAUGGCGCGAACGGUUUCCAUGGCAACCACAACGGCCACGAUUCGGAGUCGCAUGGCGACUUCUCGCAUCACGCCGGCUUCGGACGCAACGGCGAACACGCCCACAAUGGGAAAUCCCGCAACGGAUACUGA